CGAGAGCGAGUCGUCUCGGCACCCGUGUAAAACGUGUCGCGGCCCGUUCUCGUGCGAGCGAACGGCACAGCGGGGUGUCCGCCGGCCCGCCGAGUAUUUUCGGUCGUGAAUAUUCCGUGCUCUAUUCAGUUUAGCCACGCGUCCGAAAGCACGUGGAGUCGGGGCAAGGGGAAAGAAUGUGCCAUCCUCGCGCUCACACUUGCGUGGCUUAACUGAAUAUAGCUCCGGUUAGUUAUUCACAUUUCUGUCGAACCAUAUUAAUCUGUUUCGUGUAUCAACCACGAAUGAAGGGUGCCCAUUUCUCAUGUAGCCCCGUAACGCUGUGACUCCCGUGACUACCUCUAUUAGCGAUUCAAACACGCCUGCCCUUACGCGCGCAAGCGCUCUGAUGCGGCCUGCCGCUGAACUACGUGAUUCCAGUCUCCCUAUUGGCCAGCGCCGUGUAUGGUGGUCGUCCUGGCGGCUGUCAGCGGCCGGGUUUUGAAACUUAAACUUGGAUGGGCCAAAUCGGUUGUUGGAAGUGGGUUACGUAAGAAAGUGAUAGAAAUGGCAAAGUUAUCCCUUCCGUGUUUUGGACACCGACGCCUUUAAACCGAGCAGCGCUUCUUUACUUUCGAGUUGGGCCGUUUUUAUCUGCCUCAUCUGCUGUCAAAAAGAAAAGACCAAAUUUAUACAGAAGUGCCAAAAAUGGAAACAACAAAUAAGACAUUACCUCAGCCACCUAAUCUCCGAGCAAAGGCCAAUAUAUUAUCAGCUCUGACUUUCGCCUGGACAUUUCCUCUCUUCCGGCAAGGUUAUAAGAGGGAUCUGACUGUCUCGGAUCUAUGUGUACCACUGGAUGCGUAUGAUUCAAAACAGCUAGGAGACAACUUGGAAGAUCUCUGGAACGAGCAGCAAAAGAAAAGUCAUGAAGGAACGAAGCAAAAACUGCCAAGUGUUUGGGCAGUUCUUCGUUCAUUUUGUGGAUGGGAAUUGUUUUUCUUAGCAUUUGGCUUAUUUUUGUUUGAUCUGACUAUCAAACUAGGACAACCAAUCUUACUUGGUAAAUUUCUUAACUAUUUCACUGUCAACAGCACAGUUACUGGUGAAGAGGCAACCAUUUACGCCUCUGGGGUAGCAGUAUCAGUGUUUCUGCACCAGUUUGGCAUGCAUCCCUUUUUAUUUGGCCUCAUGUACCUUGGCAUGAGAGUUCGUGUUGGUCUCUCAUCUCUUUUGUAUCGCAAACUAUUAAGAGUUUCCAUUUCAUCAAGUGCUGGUGUCACCGGAGGAUAUGUCAUAAAUCUGCUAACCAAUGAUGCAAGUCGGUUUGACUUUGCCCCCCUCUUUUUACCUGAUGCCUUUGGAGGAAUAGUGUGCAGUAUUGUGGUAACUUACUUUUUAUGGCAAGAGGUGGGGAUUUCUUCUCUGGUAGGAUUGUCUGCGCUUGUUCUAUUUGUCCCUGUUCAAGCAAUGUUGGCAAGAAAAUCUUCUUCCCUCCGAGAAAAAACUGCCAAAAGGACAGACAAGAGGAUCCAGUUAAUGAAUGAGAUAAUUCAAGGCAUCCAGGCUAUAAAAAUGUAUGCUUGGGAGAAACGAUUUUCAAGACUAGUUGAAGUUUCAAGAAAGAAAGAAAUAACUGUCAUUAGGUCCAAGCUAUAUUAUACUGGUGUUGCAUUUGCUUUGUCUUUGUUCCUAACUAAAGUCUCCUUUUUCUUUUGUGUGUUACACUUUGCUCUCUCGGGAAAUGCCAUUGCACCGGACAGAAUAUUUUCUGCUAUUAUGUACUUCAAUAUACUUCAAGAAAGUUUAACUAUCUAUUUUCCUUUGUCCAUUCAGAAGUUAGCUGAAUGUGUUGUAGCUGCGCAAAGAAUGCAAGAGUUUCUUUUGAGACCUGAAUCCACUUGUAUGCUGGUCAAGCCUAGUGUAACUGGUAGUGCUGAAGUGCUUUUAAAAAAUGUGAAUGCUAAGUGGACUUAUGAUCAACAAAGCAAUUCACUUGAAGAUUUGAAUUUGUCAGUUUCUUCAGGAAUGCUUGUUGGUGUUAUUGGACAAGUAGGUUCUGGAAAGUCGUCCCUCUUACACUUAAUAUUACGAGAGAUGCCUCAUGUUACUGGUUGUAUGAAUAUUCAAGGAUCCAUAUCUUAUGCAUCUCAAGAACCUUGGUUAUUUGUUGGAACUGUUCUACAAAAUAUUUUAUUUGGUCUACCUAUGGACAAGCAAAGAUACAAAGAAGUGGUAAGAGUUUGUGCCUUGGAGGAUGAUUUCAAGCAGUUUCCUAGAGGCGAUAAAACUCAAGUAGGUGAGCAUGGACAUUCACUUAGUGGUGGACAAAGAGCUCGAAUAAAUUUGGCAAGGGCAGUUUAUAGAAGGGCUGAUAUAUACCUGUUAGAUGAUCCAUUAUCUGCGGUUGAUACCCACGUUGGAAGACACCUUUUUGAUGAUUGCAUCAGUGGAUUCCUAGCUGGAAAGGUUGUUAUAUUGUGCACUCAUCAGUUACAAUAUCUCAGCAAUGUGGAACUUAUUCUUAUGAUGAAAAAUGGAAGUAUCUAUGCUCAGGGUACAUUUUCAGAAUUACAGAACUGUGGCACUGAAUUGUCUGACCUGAUGAAGGCUGAAUCAAAAAGUGAGGAGAACCCUGCCAAAGAUCAGUUGCAGAGAAGACUGUCUGUUCACAGUACUAAUUCCGAAGAGGAUUUUGAUGUACCCGAAGAAAUGAAAUCGAAGGGAAGUGUCACGUGGCAUGUCUAUGCAUCCUAUUUCAAAGCAGCUUGUGGUGUACCAACGUUCUUACUACUUUUGAUUCUCUUAGUACUCUCUCAGGGAUCAAUUAGUCUUGCCGAUUAUUGGACAGCCUAUUGGGUUGACCUUGAACAGUACUAUUUUAAGUAUGGCAAUGCUACCUAUCUUCCACUUUUGAAUGAAAUGAAUCAAGAAAAAUGUUUGUAUGUGUUGGGAUUUCUUAUAGCUCUGACAAUUUUUGUCAAUUUGAGUAGAAUAAUUUCAUUUGUCUAUUGCUGCAUGGAGGGCUCAAAAACUUUACAUGAUGUAAUGUUCAACACCGUUUCAAAAGCAACCAUGUACUUUUUUGACAACAAUCCAUCAGGUCGCAUUUUAACAAGAUUCUCCAGAGACAUUGGUGUUGUCGAUGAGAAGUUACCAGGAACACUCUCAGACUUUCUCGAGGUGGCUAUGCAUCUUCUUGGGGUUCUCUGUAUCAUUUGUGUUGUGAACUAUUGGCUUGUCAUUCCUGCACUUGUGAUGGGAAUAUUGUUUGGUCUCUUGCGCCAUCUCUUCAUGUUGACCUCAAGAAGCUUGAAGCGUUUGGAGGGUGUUACUAGUAGUCCAAUUUAUACCCACACCAACGCUACUCUGGGGGGGCUCGUCACAAUCAGGUCAAUGCAUGCCUCAGAUGACUUAACGAGAGAGUUUGAUUCUAAGCAAAAUAUAAAUUCUUCGGCUGUGUUCUAUUCUUUAGGCACAAACAGAGCCUUUGCAUAUUGGUUAGACCUUGUAUGCUGUUGUUAUACUAUGUUGGUCAUCUUUAGCUUCUUAUUUCUUGACUCUGAAUUCAAAGGUGGUGAAGUUGGCCUCACCAUUACUCAAGCACUUUCCCUAAUUUUCAUGUGCCAGUGGGCUAUGCGCCAGGCUGCGGAAGUAGAAAAUUUCAUGACCUCAGUGGAGCGUGUGUUGGAGUUCCAUAAAGUUGAAAGUGAGGAGGGGAGGUUACUAACAAAGGUUGAGCACAAUCUUCCCAAAAUGUGGCCGACAUGUGGAGAUAUCACUUUCCAGAAUGUGUGCCUCCGUUAUUCUUCAUCAGAUCCCCCAGUACUCAAAAGACUUAACUUUUCCAUAAAAUCAGGAGAAAAGAUUGGAAUAGUUGGACGAACAGGAGCAGGCAAAUCUUCACUUUUGAGUGCACUCUUUCAGCUGUAUCCUGUGGAAGGAACCAUCAUCAUCGAUAAAGUUGACACCAGCAAAAUUGGUCUUCAAGAUUUGCGGUCUCAUUUGUCUGUGAUACCACAAGAGCCUGUGCUUUUCACUGGUUCGUUGAGGCAUAAUAUUGAUCCUUUUGAACAGUUCAAAGAUGAAGAGUUAUGGAGGGUGCUUGAAGAUGUUAAAUUAAAAUCAUAUGUUGAAGAUAUGCAUGGGGGGCUUCAGUUUGUUGUAACGGAAGGUGGAAGUAACCUGAGUGUUGGCCAGAGGCAACUUGUGUGUUUAGCUCGUGCCAUUCUUCGCCAAAACAAAAUUUUGAUUUUAGAUGAGGCUACUGCCAACAUGGAUACUUACACAGACCAGCUUAUCCAAGCCACUCUUAGACACAAAUUUGUUGAUUGCACUGUGUUAACAGUGGCUCACCGUCUAGAUACAGUUAUGGAUUGUGAUAGAAUUCUUGUAAUGGAUGCUGGUCAGGUAGCAGAAUUUGGAAAGCCAUAUGAACUUCUCGAAAAUAAGAAUGGACUUUUUUCCAAACUUGUUAACCAGACAGGCCUCACAAACAGUUACAACCUAAAGGCCAUUGCAGAACGGGCCAAAUAUAAAGAAAGUCCUCACUCAACAGAAGCUGAGAAUAAGUAACAGUACUAGUACAGAACAAGACAUUUUAAUACUACAUUACUGUACUGUAAUUAAAUUUCUCAUGGUUCAUCAGAAAUAGAUAUUUAUGCAUUUGACUUUUAUUACUUUCGACCAAGCAGCUAAAACAGUAACAUGUUUUUAACGGAAUUGGUGCUAUCAACACACUGAUGUCCUAUUUCUUAAUUUUUAUGUACUACAGUAAGUUACAUGGUUCUGGGUGAAUUUUUUGUUAUUGUACUGAUAGUUUUUGACCUAUCCACGCACUUGACAAGUAUGAUUGUACUAGCUUUUCAAGGACUUUUACUAGUGUCUUUGAGUCCUAUAUGUCUUUUGUUGAAAACAAUAAGAACCACACUCAUUAUUUUAAAAGGUGAAGGUAGAUAAGUAAUUCUUGCCUCUUUUAAAUAAUAAUUACAGUAUUUAUAAUGGAUGCAGGUGUUAUGUAAGUUUUGGCUUGUUUUGGUACCUGAUUAAUUUAAAAAUGUUAACUUCUGUUAAAAAAAGUAUAAGUUCAAGGUAGGCCAUCAUACUUAAAACUAGAUGGUAAUAACUAAUAAACUGUUAUUUAUUUCUUGAUGUUAGCUCUUAAAAUUUUGUUGUGUUUUUGUAAAGUUACAUAAAUUUGUUACUAAUUCUUUAGCAGAUGUAUUAACCUUUAAAUUGUUGAUUUUAUGGGACCAUCACAGCUGAUGUUUUAUCAGUAUUGCAUAACACAGAAGUAUUUAAUGCUGAAUGUAUAUAUCUCAGGGGAUAAUUGUUCUCUUGCCAUCACUGCCUUUUAUUAUAAGGAAGUUAUUUACAUGCACAAAUAUGUGCAUGUUAUUUUUAAUUUAAAAUGUUUGUCCUGUCUGAUCCACCCAGCGUUGAUAAUAAAUUAAGACAAACCCAUAUUUAUGGGUCUCAGUGUAAGCCGUCUGACAAAUAUAUUCCAUUUUGGUUUAUUUUUAA